AUGAGGCUCGAUGUGAAGCGCCAGCUUUUUGCGCGCUCCGAACGUGUGAAAGGCAUUGACUUUCACCCUACCGAGCCAUGGAUCCUCACGACAUUGUACAGUGGCCAUGCCUACAUUUGGUCCUAUGAGACACAGGCGAUUGUCAAGACCUUCGAGCUGACAGAUGUUCCCGUUCGAGCUGGUAGGUUCAUCGCCAGAAAGAAUUGGAUCGUCUGUGGUUCGGACGACUUUCAGCUUCGUGUGUACAAUUACAACACUUCUGAGAAGAUCACCUCCUUCGAAGCCCAUCCCGACUACAUUCGUUCGAUAGUCGUGCACCCUACGCAACCUUUCGUCCUCACAGCCUCAGAUGACAUGACGAUAAAGUUAUGGGAUUGGGACAAGGCAUGGAAGUGCGUUCAAGUAUUCGAGGGUCAUUCACAUUAUGUGAUGGGCUUGGCCAUUAAUCCUAAAGACACAAACACAUUUGCGUCCGCAUGUCUGGAUCGGACGGUCAAGAUAUGGAACUUGGGUUCGGGCCAUGCCAAUUUUACCCUCGAAGCACACGAAGCCAAGGGUGUCAACCACGUCGAUUACUACCCGCAGGCUGACAAGCCAUACAUCCUAACUACCUCGGACGAUAAGACUGUCAAGGUUUGGGACUACACAACAAAAGCACUGAUAGCCACAUUGGAGGGACACACUAGCAACGUCUCCUUUGCUUGUUACCAUCCCGAACUACCCGUCAUAAUAUCCGGCUCUGAGGACGGCACUGUGAAGAUAUGGCAUGCAAACACUUACAGGCUAGAACAAUCGCUGAGCUACGGCCUGGAAAGAGCAUGGUGCGUCAGCUACCAGAGAGGUCGACAAGGCAUAGCUAUGGGUUUCGACGAUGGCGCCGUGGUGGUAAAGAUGGGUCGAGAAGAACCUGCAGUUUCCAUGCAUGAAGGCAAGAUGGUAUGGGCGCGUCACAACGAAGUCAUUUCUGCAGUCAUCAAAGGCGACGUUUCCGUGAAAGAUGGACAGCCGCUGAAUCUGCCCACAAAGGAUCUCGGAUCGUGCGAGAUCUACCCCCAGACUCUUUCGCAUUCACCAAAUGGUAGGUUCGUUGCUGUUUGUGGUGAUGGCGAGUUCAUUGUCUACACCGCCAUCGCAUGGAGAAAUCAAGCCUUCGGCUCCGCCCUGGAUUUUGCUUGGGGCUCAAAAGACAACAAUACCGACUAUGCCAUCCGUGAGUCCGCUACAUCAGUGAAGAUCUUCCGGAAGAUGAAAGAGGCUCCAGGCGGACUCGACGUGGGCUUUCAAGCUGAAGGUCUGAGUGGUGGCGUCUUGCUUGGUGUAAAAGGCCAAGGCGGUAUCGGCAUGUUUGAUUGGGCUACCGGAAACCUCGUACGACGUAUCGAAGUUGAGCCACGUGAAGUUUAUUGGUCGGAAUCAGGAGAGUUGGUGGCUCUUGCUUGCAACGACACAACAUACGUGCUUCGAUAUAGUCGAGAAGCAUACCUAGAAGGCCUCAAUGCAGGCCUGGCCGAUGAAGAUGGCGUCGAAUCUGCCUUUGAGGUCGUCACAGAUAUCAACGAGAGUAUCACGACUGGAGAAUGGGUUGGAGAUUGCUUUAUUUAUACAAACUCAACCAACAGACUCAAUUAUCUAGUUGGUGAGCAGACAUACACUAUAUCACAUUUCGACCAGCCGAUGUACUUGCUAGGAUACCUGCAAAGAGAUGGUAGAUUAUACGUGUGCGACAAAGAUGUGCAAGUCAUCUCCUUUGCAUUGUCUCUCACGGUUGUCGAGUACCAAACGCUGGUCCUUCGAGGUGAGGUCGAUGCUGCGCAGGGCUUGCUCAGUGAGAUCCCUGAUGGCGAAAUGAACAAGAUUGCCCGCUUUUUGGAAGGUCAAGGAUACAAAGAGAUGGCUCUAGAGGUAGCGACGGAUCCAGAACAUCGAUUUGAGCUUGCUCUGAGUUUGAACAAUCUGGCAGUCGCACUCGAGCUUGCUAAGACUUCUGAUCAGGAGCACAAGUGGAAGACUGUUGGUGACGCAGCAAUGGUGGCCUGGGACGUGCGGUUAGCUCAAGAAUGUUUCACACAGGCGAAGGACCUUGGCAGUUUGCUAUUGCUAUACUCAAGUUCGGGUGAUAAGACAGGUUUAAAAAGUCUAGCCAACCAGGCAGAGGAAAGUGGCAGCAACAAUAUCGCAUUCUCAAGUUUGUGGUUGAGUGGUGAUGUCGACGCUGCCAUUGAGCUGCUCACGCGAACAGGACGAACGAGUGAAGCUGUACUAUUCAGUCAAACAUACAAACCAAGCCGGACCGCUUCUCUAGUGAAGCAAUGGAAAGAGAGUCUCGAAAAACAAGGCAAGACGAAGGUUUCAAAACUGAUAGGUGUGCCAGGAGAGGACGAAGAGCUCUUUCCAGACUGGGACGAAUAUCUGAGGCUGGAGAAGGACGGCGCUCAGGAGUCCUCAGUAGAUCUGAAUGGCUCGGCAGACGAGGUAGCAUCAGGGGAGAUCAAUGGCGAGACGGCGGAAGCUGACGUUGAAGCUGCCGAAGAGGUUGAGGCAUGA